CAUCUGUCAAUUAACGAGCUAAUGUCAAAAUGCAUCCAAAUUCUAACCAAUUUGUCGUGUUUACUACUGUUUGAUGCAGAGCAGCAGAGAUUUCACAGGAAACAGUAAUAUAAGAAUCUUGUGUUAAUAUGGAUGUUGGUGAACUUCUAUCAUUCAAGCCUACACCAACGCCUAAGAGACCAAAUGAUGAAGACAGUGGAGAUUCCGACGAUGAUGUUAAGUCGUCUAAAAUGCGGCGCAUUACUAAAAGCAAAUCAGAUCAUUUGGCACUGCCUUUGAGUACAUCACUUCCCAAGGAGCCCAUGAUAACAGAUAAGGAAAGGGAGGAUAUUCUUAGAUUUGUAGAAACGGAAGCUACAGAGGGUGACAUACUUGAUGAUACUGCAGUUAAGAAGUUAGUGUUAAACUUUGAAAAGAAAACACUCAAAAAUAGAGAAAUGAGGAUAAAGUUCCCAGACCAACCAGAGAAGUUUAUGGACAGUGAGAUAGAUUUACAUGAAGCUUUGCAGGAUUUGAGUGCUGUGGCUACAGUCCCUGACCAGUACCCACUGCUUGUCAGUUUGAAGUGUGUGAAUUCAUUGCUGGAGUUGUUGUCACAUGACAACACAGAUAUUUCUACUAAGGUUGUACACCUACUUCAGGAAUUGACAGAUGUAGAUAUUCUACAUGAGAGUGAGGAAGGUGCUGAUGAGUUGAUCAACGCCCUGGCUGAGGCCGAGGCGCCGGCGCUGUUGCUGCACAACCUGUCGCGUCUGGACGAACAGGUGCCCGACGAGAGGGAUGCCGUGCAUGACACACUAGGUAUCAUAGAAAACCUAACAGAGUUUAGACCAGAGAUGUGUUCAGAAGUUGCCAAACAAGGUUUCUUGCAAUGGAUACUCAAAAGACUGAAGCUUAAAGUGCCUUUUGAUGCCAACAAAUUAUACAGCACAGAGAUUUUAUCGAUUCUACUACAAAAUACACCUGAGAACAGAAAACUAUUGGGAGAACUUGAUGGUAUUGAUGUUCUACUGCAGCAGUUGGCGUUCUACAAACGCAACGAUCCAGCGGGUGCAGAGGAACAGGAGGCGAUGGAGAACAUGUUCGACUCCCUGUGCUGUGCGCUCAUGGAACCCACUAACCGCGACCGCUUCUUGCGCGGAGAGGGUCUGCAGCUCAUGAACCUUAUGCUUAGGGAAAAGAAAAUGUCUCGAAAUGGUUCACUGAAAGUGCUAGACCACGCUCUGGCGGGCCCCGAAGGGCGCGACAACUGUAAUAAGUUUGUAGAUAUCUUAGGACUACGUACAGUUUUCCCGCUAUUCAUGAAAACACCCAAACGGAAAAGAAUAUUAACGGUGGACCAGCACGAAGAACAUGUUGUAUCAAUAAUUGCAUCAAUGUUGCGCAACUGUCAAGGAAGUCAGCGGCAGAGGUUAUUGGCGAAAUUCACAGAGAACGAUCUCGAAAAAGUUGACAGGCUUCUAGAGUUGCAUUUCAAGUAUAUGGAUAAAGUAGAUCGAACUGAAAAGGAAAUGGAGCAAGAAGGCGAUGAUCUUGAUGACGAUGCGCAGUACUUAAGGAGGUUAUCGGGGGGCCUUUUCACGUUACAGCUCAUCGACAGAAUCAUUUUAGAGGUAUGCACUGCGGGCUCGUCUACAGUGAAGCAGCGAGUCCAACGAGUAUUAUCUCUGCGCGGUGGUUCCUUGAAGAUUAUCCGACACGUAAUGAGAGAGUACGCGGGCAACCUCGGUGAUGCUGGCAGCGAAGAAUGGCGUCAACAGGAGCAACAGCAUAUACUGCAGCUCGUAGAUAAGUUCUAAAUAUAAAUAUCUUCAUCUGUGUA